AUGCCAGGGACGCUUUUGCCCCCGAGAUCACACCGGCAGCACGCAGAGAUGGAUCGAUCAUCUGCGUCCAGGCCGGACCUGUACUUGAUUACCGACCAGGACAUUAUCUACGAACAAGAUCUGUUACGCGACGCAAGCAGUGUCAAACCUUGGCUUGCCUACAUCGAAUUCAAGCAGCAAAAUGGCACCCUUUACGAACAAGCAUUUGUCAUGGAGCGUGCUUGCAAGCAGCUGCCACGGUCAUACAAGUUGUGGAAGAUGUAUCUUGAGUUCCGCACAAAGCAUUUGAAGGGUCGCAAUCCUACGGUAUAUCGCGCCGAGUACCAGAAAGUGAAUGCACUCUUCGAACGAGCCUUGAUUCUUCUGAACAAGAUGCCGCGCAUCUGGGAAAUGUACCUCUCGUUCUUGCUUCAGCAGCCUCUGGUGACCCAGACUCGGCGAACAUUCGAUCGUUCUCUACGCGCUCUGCCAGUUACCCAACAUAACCGAAUCUGGAGACUUUACAAAGGCUUUGCUCGGUCUGCUUCUGGACAAACUGCCAUCAAAAUCUUUGCUCGGUACAUGCAAAUCCACCCCGAGAACAUUGAGGACUACAUCGAACUUCUCAUUGAAAUGGGUGAAUACACAGAAGCCGUCAAGAAGUUCAUGGAUAUUCUCGACGAUCCACGUUUCAAAUCCAAGAAUGGCAAGGGUCCAUUCCAAUUAUGGUCAGAAAUGGUUGAUCUCCUAGUCUCCAAAGCUAAGCAGAUUAAGACUGGUCCUCAGGUUGGAAUCGAUGUCGAUGCUAUUCUCCGGAGCGGUAUUGCUCGCUUUGCUGACCAAAGAGGCAAGCUUUGGGCUGGUUUGGCUACGUACUGGAUUACCAAAGGCAACUUUGAGAAGGCACGGGAUGUCUUCGAGGAGGGAAUUACUACUGUCAUGACAGUCCGUGAUUUCACUCUCAUCUUCGACUCCUAUGUCGAGUUCGAAGAGUCUGUCAUUGGCAGCCUGAUGGAAAGCGCAGCUGCGCGGUCUGACAAGGGCAAAGCAGACGAAGAAGCCGACUUUGAUCUUGAUCUUCGCAUGCUGCGUUUCGAGCAGCUGAUGGACCGCAGACCAUUCCUGGUGAAUGAUGUACUGCUUCGACAGAACCCCCACAAUGUCAUCGAAUGGGAAAAGAGAGUAGCACUUUGGGGUGACAACAAGCAAGAAGCUGUCCAAACUUACACAAACGCCAUUGCCGCAAUCUCCCCGAAGAAAGCCCAUGGGAAGUACUCUGAGCUUUGGGUGAAUUAUGCCAAGCUUUAUGAGAACGGCGGAGACUUGGACACUGCACGAGUCAUCUUUGACAAGGCUGUUAAAGUUCCUUUCAAAUCUGUGGCCGAACUUGCAGAGACAUGGUGCGAAUGGGCCGAGAUGGAGCUCCGCGCCGAGAACUUCGACAAGGCGGUCAGUAUCAUGGCGAAGGCAACACAAGCACCUAAGAAGUCGACUGUGGACUACUUUGACGAGACAUUGUCCCCGCAACAGAGAAUCCACAAAAGCUGGAAACUGUGGAGUUUCUAUGUUGAUCUUGUCGAGAGUGUCUCGUCUUUAGAAGAGACCAAGAAGGUCUACGAGCGCAUUUUCGAGCUGCGUAUUGCCACACCCCAGACUGUUGUCAACUACGCCAAUUUGUUGGAAGAAAACAAGUACUUCGAAGAAUCCUUCAAGGUAUACGAGCGAGGAUUGGACCUUUUCAUGUACCCGGUUGCCUUCGAACUCUGGAACUUGUACUUGACCAAGGCUGUAGAUCGCCAAGUCGGUAUUGAGCGACUCCGAGAUCUAUUCGAGCAGUCAUUGGAAGACUGUCCCCCCAAGUUUGCCAAGCCUCUUUAUUUGAUGUACGGCAACUUGGAAGAAGAGCGCGGUCUUGCACGACAUGCGAUGCGAAUCUACGAGCGCGCGACUCGGGCAGUGUCCGACGAAGAUCGUUUCGAGAUGUUCGAAUUCUACAUCACGAAGUCGGCUUCGAACUUUGGUCUCACCUCUACCAGACCAAUCUACGAGCGUGCUAUCGCAGCUUUGCCCGACCAAGAGGCCAAGGAAAUGUGUCUUAAGUUCGCGGAGAUGGAGCGCAGACUUGGUGAGAUCGAUCGUGCUCGUGCAAUUUACGGCCACGCAUCUCAAUUCUGCGAUCCUCGCACAAACGCCCCCUUCUGGCAGAAGUGGGAGCUAUUCGAGAGUUCACACGGCAACGAAGAUACCUUCACCGAGAUGAUCCGUAUCAAGAGAAGUGUCCAAGCCCAAUACAACACCGACGUCAACUAUAUUGCCUCCCAAGCCAUUGCUAGGGGUCAACAGCAACCCGCGACAGGUGAACAGGGCGAAGGCGACGAGGAUCAAGAACGCGCAGAUGCCAUGGCAGAGCUGGAACGUCAAGCCCGUGCUCCAGUGGGCUUCGUGGCUGCCAGCAGCGGUCCAGAGGGUGGUACCCGUCCUCCACCCGCGGCUCAAGGGCCCGUUGUCCCUACUGCUAAUCCUGAUGCUAUUGAUCUUGAUAUGGACGAGGAAUAG